UAAAGCCAUGCCGAUAACCUCGCUGCUUUACUGAUAAACACGCACAAGCAAGCAAGAAGACACAGGCAAAACAAGAGAACAUGGCGACAGACUUUGUCUACGACCUGAACGCCAAACCGCUUUCCUCGCUCGUCCCUCCGUCGACGGCGAUCUCGCUCGCGCGGUCGCUGGUCGCCGAUCUCGACGGGACCUGGACAAAGUGCAAGCUGCACCAGAAGGCGCCGGGGAUAGCGGUGCAGACGUACAGCAGGAAACUGUACGGCGAGAAGUGGUUUGCGCGGAAAUCGGUGCACGACGUGCCCUGGGAGUGGUUCAUGAGCGGGAUUUGCGAGGAUCAUACCAAGAACGAGGUCGAGUAUAUCCACGAGUUUCAGUCGUAUGAGGAGAUUGAUGGCGGGGAGAGUGGAUGGACUGGCAUUGUCUCGCAUUAUAAAAUGGGCGGUCUUCUCUCUGACCGCGAGACCCCAGUCUGGCUAUUUUCCCAGCAACCAGACCUCAACGUGCGCGAAUUCUUUGUAAUCUCGACCCCCGCAGAAUACGAAUGCACCCCCGGUCGCGUCAGGGCUUUGUUCUCCGCUAUCGAGCAUGUGCAGGAGUUGCCGGAUGGGAAGAUUCAGUGGGUCAUGGCUUUGGUGAGCGAUGGAGGCGGGUUGAUACCGAAAUGGGUCCAAGACAUUGCGCUUCCGAAGAUCAUCACGAACGACGUCCCGAGUUUCCUAUCAUGGGCAAAGAAUAAGUACGCGGCCGAGUCAUAACUACUCUAAUAAUGUAAUACUAUAAU